UUUGAAACUCUCAGUGGUGAAAAUGAAUUUCAUGAAGAUCGCCCUAAAACAUUGCCAAUGAUUGUUAAAAAGAAGCGGAAACAUUUUUCCGAAUGUCCAAGAAUGUCUCGUCAAGAUAUACUAAAUCGACGGAUCAGUUUCCAAACCGUUCGCUCACCGCAUAUAACAUUACGCAGGAAAAACAAUAACCUUCUUCAAAAUCAAGUGAUAAUUAAUGAAGAACAAGAUCACAACACUACAAGUUUUUUCAACAUUCCACCUAUGCAAAAACAUGUAAAAGCAAAUGAUUGCAAUACAUUGCAAGAACAGAGAUUAAUUAAACAAUCUGAUACACUGCAGAGUGUAACAACUCUAGGAGAGAAACCAUUAACUCAUGAAAAAAUAAGUGAGAGGCAAAGAAAUUUAUCUAUUAAAUACAAAGACCUCUCCAAUAAUAAGGCUCCCAUUUAUGGAAGAAUAAGAAGAAGACAAUUAUCAUUGCCAAUUGUAUCAAAAAUAUCUUCCAUGAGCCAGUCGUCAACCAGUACGUUUAAAUUUCCACAGGAAAGGGAUCAAUUAUUACAAGCUGUCAAAAAUGAAAAUGGCCAAAUGACACUUGCUAAUGAAAAUUUACUGAAGGCUUUUUCUUCAGUAAAAUUCAAAUCUCUACCGCAUCGACAAACAAUCAAUGGAAUAAUUAGCAGUGCUGAAAAAGAUGAUAUUAUUUAUUCAAUGAUAGAUAUUGCAACUAUUCCUUCAAAUAAAUAUGGUGCUCCCCUUGGAGCUAAUUUUCGAAACAAGUAUGUCAGAAAAACUGCAGGCAAUUCCCAAGGUGAUAAUAAAAAUCGCUACAAUUUUACAACCCAUUCAGUUAGAUUAAAACCAACGGAAAAAAUUAAUACCACCAAUUUUGGAAACAUAUCCAAUGGAAUUUGUACUCUACCACUCUAUACAAAAUGUUUGAGGGCAUCUUCUAACUGGACAAAUUCUUGUAUUCCACCGAAAAUUCUGUCAAGGAAAAAUGAAAAAGAUAAUUGGACGAGAAAAAAUUUUUCAAAUGAAUUGAUAAAUGAAAAAAAAUAUGUUGAUGACAAAUUAUUUAAUAUUCAUUCAAGAUCUUUGAGUGAUGUUAAUUAUCAUGAGACAAAUUCUCCUGCAUCUUCAUCCUCAAUUUUUGGAUUAUGUGCCGGAAAAAAAAUGAUGCAACUAGGAAAAAAAUGGACUGGAGUAAAACACGAAUCAAUAAAACAAAAAAAAGGUGAACUCGUCUGGUUUGAUCCGGGCAUUGGUCAUGUACUACCUGGUGAAGUUAUCGAAUAUCAUCGAGCUGCUAAUGUUCUCUCAGUUCAGGCAGUGAUUACUGGCAAGCCUCAAACAUUUACUCUUACAAAUCUAAAUGGAGUAAGACCCAGACAAGAUCUUGGACAUAAUGGAGUAGAGGAUAUGAUUCAGUUAAACGAUCUAAAUGAAGCAUCUUUGCUGUGGAAUCUGAAAAUCCGUUACGACAAGGAACUAAUUUAUACAUACACUGGGAGUAUACUUGUAGCGGUUAAUCCCUAUAAAAUGUUUGACAUUUAUGGUUUGGACCAAGUAAAAUUAUAUGAGGGAAGAAUCCUGGGUACCCUCCCACCGCAUCUUUUUGCCGUGGGAUCAUCAGCCUAUAGUCAAGUUUCUACCGCAAAUAAUGCUAUGGCUAAUCAAGUUGUCGUUAUAUCUGGUGAAUCGGGAUCGGGAAAAACGGAAUCAACGAAACUUGUAAUGCAAUAUUUGGCUGCUGUCAAUCGCGCGCCAAGUAAUUUGGUUACUGAACAAAUUUUAGAAGCAGCUCCACUUCUCGAGAGUUUUGGUAAUGCUAAAACCCCUCGAAAUGACAAUAGCAGUCGUUUUGGAAAAUAUUUGGAAGUGAAUUUUCAAGAUGGUAUAAUUGUUGGAGGUCGCAUAACCCAAUAUUUACUAGAAAAAAGUCGAAUUGUCACACAAGCCCAGGACGAAAGAAAUUAUCAUGUUUUUUAUGAACUACUUGCCGGUCUUGAUCAGCAAUUGAGAGACAAAUAUGGCCUCUUAACUCCAGAUAAAUAUUUUUAUCUUAAUCAAGGGGGAAACUGUGAAAUUGAUGGGAAAAAUGAUACUGACGAUUUUAAAGCCCUUUUAUCAGCAAUGCAAAUAUUGGGAUUUACAUCUGAAGAACAAGAUACAAUUUUUAGAAUUUUAUCAAGUGUCUUGCACUUGGGGAAUGUAUAUUUUCAUAGAAAACAAAUGAGACAUGGCCAAGAAGGUGUAGAAGUUGGUUCAGAUGCUGAAAUACGUUGGGCAGCUCAUUUGCUUCAAAUUAAUGCAGAUGGAAUAAUUCGUGCCCUUACAACGAAAACUACAGAAGCGAGAAAUGAAAAAUUAUUAACCGCUCUAAACAUUGAUCAAGCAUUGGAUGCAAGAGAUGCAUUUGCUAAGGCACUUUAUAGUUCCUUAUUUUCAUGGCUUGUUGCACGUGUCAAUCAUAUUGUUUAUAAAGGGACUAAACAAACCUCAACAAUAUCAAUUCUUGAUAUAUUUGGCUUUGAAAAUUUCAGUGAAAACAGUUUUGAACAAUUGUGUAUCAAUUAUGCCAAUGAAAAUUUGCAUUUUUAUUUUAAUAAACAUAUUUUCAAGCUUGAACAGCACGAGUAUGUUAAAGAGAAAAUCGAUUGGACGACAAUAAAUUACACCGACAAUUUACCAGUUAUUCAUUUAAUAGCAAAAAAACCAGUUGGUAUACUUCAUCUACUUGACGAUGAGAGUAAUUUUCCAAAAGCGAGUGAUUUAUCAUUCUUGGAAAAAUGCCAUUAUAAUCAUGCAUUAAGUGAAUUAUAUUCACGUCCAAGAAUGAAUUCCGCUGAAUUUGCUAUUAAACAUUAUGCUGGACAAGUAUGGUAUAAUGUUGAUGGUUUUUUAGAUAAAAAUCGUGAUACAUUAAGACCAGAUGUUGUUGAACUACUUAUUAGUAGUAAAAUUCAAAUGGUUAGCAAAAUGUUUCAACAUGUUAGAAAUUCUCAUGAAGCCAACAAAACAAUUAAUAAACCCAAUGGCAGAUUUGUAACAAUGAAGCCAAGAACACCAACUGUAUCGGCGCGAUUCCACGACAGUCUUCAACAACUUUUAGAAUCAAUGUCACAAUGCAAUCCUUGGUUUGUCAGAUGCAUUAAGCCAAAUAAUGAUAAAGCGCCUAUGAAAUAUGAUAUGCCAUGUGUACUAGAGCAAUUGAGAUAUACUGGAAUGUUGGAAACAAUUCGUAUACGGAAAACAGGAUAUCCAGUGCGUUUGAUUUUUGGACAAUUUGUUGAGCGCUAUCGUUAUUUAAUGACUACUCGUUUACCUCGUGGUGCACCUAAUAAGGAAUUGUGCAGAAUUAUUUUGGAUAAAGCAGUACCUCAAAAUGCCCAUGAUCAAUAUCAAUUGGGCCUGACAAGGGUUUUUUUGAGGGAAUCAUUAGAGAGAAAUUUAGAAUACAAUCGAGCACUUAUUCUCGAACGUGCUGCAAUAACUGUUCAACGAUAUACAAGGGGAUUUCUUGCUAGACGACGAUUUAUCAAUGUAUCUAGGAGUACUGUUCUACUUCAAACAGUAUAUCGGGGUUAUCGUGAUAGAAAAAAAUAUCUUCGACUCAAAUGUGGAGUCGUUAUGGCUCAAAAAUUAUGGCGUGGUAAAAAACAGAGGGAAAAAUUUAUCUUCCUCAAGGAAGAAAUGAUAAAGAGAGCGGAAAUUGAAAGAGCAAGUAGAGAAAGAGCCCGGGUUAAACAACAAAGGGAAGAAAAUGAAAAAGCAUCGAGAGCUGUUGCUGGAGUCAAUCAUCUUGAAAUACCAGCUGAAUUGGCAUUUAUUUACAGUAAACUUGAUGAUUGGCAACCAAUUCAUACAGAUAGAAAUCUUGUAAAAGUAGUGGGGCCUGUUAUAUCAUCAUCAUUAAAUUAUAAACUUCCAGUUGAUAUUGAUCAAUAUCAAUUUUCAAAAUUUACAAAUAUAUAUUUCAAAAGCCAUAUUUUUGGUAUGAAAAGAGAAACCAUUAAAACACCAUUUUUGGCCAAGGCAAGGGAUCAAGAUUAUAGUGAUUCACUUAUUAUAUUCAAAAUGAUUUUGAGAUUUAUGAAUGAAAACAACUUAACUGGAAAAAGAGAACAUGCCCUUGGUGAUUAUAUUAUUAAUAAAGGAAUUAUAAAUGAAAAAUUGAGGGAUGAAAUAUUAUGUCAAUUAGCUAAUCAAACUUGGAAAAAUGAAAAUGAUACUAAUAAAGAAAGAGGUUGGUUACUCAUUGCUAAUUGUCUCUCAGCAUUUCAGCCUAGUUCAACACUUUUCAAAUAUUUAUUGAAAUAUGUCUCAGACCAUGCAUACAAUGGCUACAAAGCCUAUUGUCAGAGAAAAUUACUCCAAGCUGAAAGAACUAUGUUAAAAAUAAUGAUUAAUACCAAUCAAUUAUCAACGUAUCAAAAUAAUGUGUCAAGACAUUAUCCACCUUGUAUACUUGAAUGGAGGGCUAAUAGAAAUCGUAUAAAUAUGGCCCUUAAUGUUGGAUUUUACGACGGUGAAACAACAAUAUGCGCUGUUCAUUCAUGGACAACUUGUGAAGAAUUGGCUAAUUCAGCUGUAAAAAAUCAUGGAGUUGAAAAUGAUGGAUGGACAAUAACACUUUGGAAUCAUCAAUUGGAUGGUACAGAUGCUAUUGUAACUGAAACCAAUGGUUUUGAUUAUGUAUUUGAUAUUAUAUCUGAAAUGGAAUUGGCACCGGCAUUUCCAGCAGUUAAACAUAUCUUUCUUGAAAAGCAAAAAAAUUGUAUUACUACUACAACACGUGAACCACGACGUGAACAAAAUAUUCAAUUAAUUAUUGGUGAGGAAUUUGAUAAGGAUAUAGAUAUAACAGCAUCAUGUAUACCAGCAUUGAAAACAUUUCAGCCUCUUGAUAAUAGAUUAGCCAUGAAAAUGUCUAAUCAAAAGCAAAUAGAAGUUGAACAUUUAGGGCUUAAACGACCAGCAGUACCACCACCACAGCCACCAGCAAAUAAAUCUCAACCACCGACAAGAAAACAGUCUCAUGAACCAAUAUUGGAAAACUCCGGGGAAAUAGGACUCUCUCGUCAAUCGGCUUUAAAUGAUCGUUAUUUUGAUAAAGAUAAACAACGAAGUAGAAGCUUAGAUAAUUUGCUCCAGUCUGAGAUGGUAGUGCCAUCCACUAAUAAACUCACUAAUCUUGGCCUCUCUUCAUCAAAAUUAAAUGAACGUUAUCACAGUCUUGAAAGAAUUGGAGAAAGCUCAGCCGUGUCCAGUAAUGAGUACAUAAUAAAUAGAAAUUGUGAUGAUGCAUCUCAAGAACAACGAAAGUAUAGUAGAAUAGCUAGAAAUACAGAGCCCAAUAUUGUUGAAGAAGAUGAUGUUACCAUUGACUUUCAAUAUCCAGAUAUUCAAUCGGUCACACAAAAUACAAGAUCGGAAGACGAUAAAAGUAGCUAUAUGAGAUGCCAAACACGAUUUAUUAAAUCGCAAUAUCCAGGGAAAAGGGCUCUUCCUGGAAGUCAAUCAAGUCGUGCUUAUAUUGAAAAAAGUAGCGAUUAUGGUGUUAAAUCUUCAGCAAUGUCAGAUACAAGUGAAGCACCUUCAUUGGCGUCUCAUGUAAGACGUGUAAGAGUACCAAGUCAAGCAUCAGAUGUUGAUCAAUUUCUCGACGAACUCUUUAUGCCAGUUCUAGAUUGUAAUCUUGAUGAACUGUCUGAUGCUAGAAGUCUCGCUGCAAGUAUAAAGGGUACAUGUAAUUUUGACCAAUUCCUUGAAUCAUCAUUUUGUCAAGGUCAAUUAAAUGAUAAAUUACCUGUAUUGACCCCAUUGAAUUUAUCGUAUCUAAUCAAAGGAGGCGGAAAUAUGGAUAUACCUAAUCAAAAUGGUAAUUUUAAUUACAGUCCAUUAUCACCAGGCAUUAUGUCCUUGUCACCAGGUAUGAUGCCAGUAUUUUCACCCUCCCCCCAUCAACAAAUUUCAACAAAUCAAAAUCAAAGUUUAAAUAUGGGUUCUGGAUUUAUGCCCAUUCCAAUAUAUAAUAUGCAGGGCUUAAGUCUACCGCAAUAUCCAAACUCUCCACCAAAUAGUCAGAAUACUGAUAUUGUCGCUUAUCAACAAAAUCUUCAACGGGCUUUUCUUCAAAGUGCCAUGGCACAAAACCUACAAAUUCAACAACAACUUUUAGCACAAAAUCAAGCAUUUCAACAACUGCUUGUACAAAAUGGCACCCAAUCAUUGUCAAUGAUUGAAAAUGAAUCGAUUAAUAAACACCAAAAUGCAGCAAAUCCACUUUCCACUCAAUUGGAAACUGUUAUUGUUAAAGCCCAAAUUCAUCGUUCCCAGAGCCCACCAAAAAGUAAUGUCGAUUUAACACGAAAAACAAGUGUAGAGUAUGCAAUGAGGAAGAUGAGUGUUGAGAGAAAAAUUUCCUCCACACCAGAAUUAAAAAGAACAAGCUCAGGGCGUUCGGCAAAUGUACAGAAUAACUUUACCAAUGUAUUGAGUGAAUUGAAAAAUCGUAAAAGUAGUAUUAUUGAUGAUAAUAAUCAAAAUGUUAUUAAUGGAAAAGGCAUUCCACCACCACCACCACCACCACCUCCAAUGCCUCCACCUCUUGACGCACAUGAUCCAUCUGAAUCACGGCCAUUUUUAGAUCUAUAUGGACGGGCGAAAACAGUUAGAAUUGGAAAAUGGCGAUGGCCACCUCCCAGUGAUCAAAAUGACAAUCAAAGUCAGGAUAGUUUUAUUGAAUUUAAAAUGAGACAGCAUCAGCAUCAACAACAGCAACAAAGAAGAAUAACUCCUCAAUAUCAAGAAUAUAAUCAAGAUAAUGCAGAUGAAGCUGAGGGCUCUAUUGACUGGGAAGAAUUUGAUAUUGACAAUAAUAUCAUUGAUAAUAAAUCUAAAAUAGAAGAGUCUGAGAGGAAAAAGAAGAAAUCAAAAUCAGGAUUAGAAGUGGGAGCACACAGGCCAUCACCUGGAAGUAUUGGUAAAUUGAAAUUGAGCUCGGAAAUGAGACAACGAUUGGAGAAGGUAACUGCCAAUCAUAGUAUUAGAUCAACAAAGACGAGUGAAAAGCCGGCAUUACCAAGGGAGGAAAUUAAAAUCAAUCGACUCGAGGAUAAUCGAAAGCAAUUACUUCAGCAACAAUUGAGUGGCAGAUGGGAUGAUUAUGCAGCAUCAUCAACAGCUGAUGAUGGUCAGAGUAUAACUUCCAAAGAUACAACGGAAAUGUUAACUCAAGCUCAAGUAGUUCGUACACAAAUUGAGCGAAUGGAAUGCCGCCCUAUACCACCUCCACCACCAAUAUCACUUUCACAAAUUCAAAGCUCUGAAAAUCCAAGAGUAUAUAGUAAUAAUAAUAUCAAUAAUAACACUACUAAUAAUAGUAAUAACAACAAUAAUAAUAAUAAUAAUAAUAAUAAUAAUAAUAAUAAUAGUCACAAUCAAUCAGCAGAGCUACAAUCACAACUGCUGCCAACAUCUAUAGAACCGAAAAAUCAUCGUGACAGCUUUCACACAUCACCAGAUACAGAGUCACAUAUUUCUUUCAAUAAUCAAAACAUGUUUAGUCAAAGUAGAGAUAUAUUUCUUCUACAGCACAAAUCUAAAAUUUCUUAUACUAAGGAUAAAGAUUUGACAAAUUUAACAGCUGCGAUUAAGCAAGAUAGAAAUUGUGAUUUCGAUUUACACCGAGACUUGAACUCUGAUAUUUUUGAUAAAUACUCGAGAGAUAUGUUUGACAGUAAAAAAGGAGAUUUAGUCUCAGCUUCUCGAGAUUUAUCACCAAAAUCUCGGGAUAGUUUUGGUUUGCCCUCCUCCCGGGAGUUUGGUGUUCUAUCAAAUACAAGAGAGUCUUUUGUUGCUGCGAGACAAAGCUUUAAAAAAAUCGAAACAGAUAGAAGAUCUAGUAUAUCUUCGACCAAUCGCACUGACAAGUUGGAGAGAAUUGAAAUUGAAGAGUGGCCAGAAUUUUUGAGACCAGUUCUACCACCUCCUGAUAAACCAGAAAUAGAAAAAGUUCAAGAAAUUGUUGAUACUAAACUCCAUCCAUUAACGUCAACUACUCACUUCACGUAUAAUAGAGUUUCAUGGACACUGAGAGUAAAGAAAGAGGUAUUUGCACCUAAUGAAAUUCUAUCAAGCCCCUUAGCACUGCAUUUGGUAUUUAGCCAAAUUGUUUACGAUAUUUUGGCAACAAGUUGCAUCAAAAUAGCCAAGGAUGAACGUCAAAAUAUGCUCAAACUUCUGCACAACUAUGGAGUUACCUUGGAGAAUCUUCAAAGUACUCAUCACAAAAUAACCAUAAAGAAGAAUGUCGUCGAUAUGGCUAAACAAUGGUCUUUAUAUUUUUCUCGAAUUUUUCCGGUUUCAAUUGGACCCCAACAUCCAGAAGCGGAGCACGUGGCAUUAUCGCAUAGUGGUUUAAGAUUAUUAAAAAGAAGUUCAUCUGGAGAAUUGAUCAUUAUAGAAACACUUGCUUUGGAAGAUAUUGUAUCAGUUGGAUCCUCGAAAGUUGGCUUAUGUACAUUAACUAUUUCUUCCGGUGUUCGUUUACCAUUACACACCAAUCGCGCUCCUCAGCUAGCUGAAAUGAUUGGCAAUUACAUCCGUGUGAUUGAACAAAAACCUAGUAUGAAGCUUCACCAUGAUAAUAAUGUAUCUCAAAUAUCAAAAUCAAUUCAAUCACAAACGAAUCACCACAUCUACUCUCACCAAAAUCAGAGCCAGGGUCGUAGCAAUCAAUUAAAUAACACUAAUGGUGAAAGCAAUCAAUCUCCGGGGAAUCGUAUGGUGGGUCAUUCAGUUGGUAUCAUCCAUAUAAAUGGUAAUCAUAAUGGCCAGUGUGCAGAAUGGCGGCAACAAGAGGAAAUAAAUAAAUCGCCUGAGGAGAACCUCUACGAGUCUGGGCCAGUGAUCAACGAUGGCAAACAUUCACUUCUGCAAUUCGCCAUAUUAAAUUUCCGACAGAGUACAGAGAAGUUCGAAAUGAUGAAAACAGCUGAUGGAUCGAUAAGUGGCUCACUUAAAGUCAUUGAAUCAUUGAAGACUAAAAAAAAAAGUAAAAAGACAAAGGGUCAACAUGAUGGUACAGAAUGGACAUGGAAAGAGCAAGUUGACCUCGUGAAAUUCUCACAAGUGCCAAUAGAGCAAAGCCUACUUCGUCUUGAAGGCGAAAUGAGUUCUCUCGCGGUUGAAUGUUUCUCGUGUCUUAUGAGGUACAUGGGAGAUCAACCAUUGCCUCCAGACAUGAGUGAAGUUGAGUGUGUCUAUACAAUACUCAUGCAUUGUCACAGAUAUGAGCCACUUCGAGACGAAGUGUAUUGUCAACUGAUGAAGCAGACAACAAACAAUAAGAGCUCCAAUCCAGACAGUUGUCAAAGAGGCUGGAGAUUUUUCAGUAUCGUUGCUGCAUAUUUCACCUGCAGUGAAAACUUAAGACCCUAUCUUAUUAAAUAUCUUGAGACGGCGGCUUAUGAUAAAAGGCGGGCAUACCAUGGCACAGCGACGGUCUGUCUCCAAAAUUUGAGAAAAACAGUAAAAUACGGUGGUAGAAAAAAUGUUCCCAGUGUUGAAGAAAUAAUGGCGAUAAGUGCUGGUAGAAAUGCCAAGAGGCAGAUUUAUAGAUUACCCGGCGGUACAGAAAGAGUAAUUAAUACGAAAUGCACUACAGUUGUUCAAGAUGUUAUUGAAGAAAUGUGCAAUAUUAUAUCUGUAAGGAAUGCACACGAAAUGGAUGAAUUUUCAUUGUAUUGCAUUGUUGAUGGUGAUGCUUUUACCAUGCCACUUGCUCGAGACGAGUAUGUUCUUGAUGUGACAACAGAACUCCAUAAGAAUCAUCAAGUAUUUUAUUUGAUAUUCUGCAGAUCCGUAUGGUACUAUCCACUCAGAUUGGAUGCGGCACUGUACAUAGAAGUGGUUUUCAAUCAAAUUGCACCUGAUUAUUUAGAAGGCCUGUUAUUAGUCAUUCCUGGUGAACAUUUAUCGCAAGAAAUUAUUUAUGAUAUGGCCCAAAUAGCUGCACUACUGCAUAGAGCAGCAGAUAUGCCCCAUGAGCCAUCAACGAAAGAAAUUAAAUAUCUUCUACCAAAACCAGCGCUAAGCCUACGGGAUCCUCGCCCACAGCAGUGGGGAAAUAUGGUACAAAAAGCGUGGAAUAAUAUAAAAGAUAAUACUCCAGCCAUAUGCAAAGCUCAAGUGUUAGAAAUACUCUCCAAGUGGCCUUUAUUUGGGUCAAGUUUCUUCGCUGUGAAAAGAGUGCCUGAAACGGGAAAAGAAAAAGUCGGCGAUCAUAUUCUGGCCCUUAAUCGUUAUGGAGUGCAUUUCAUUGAUUUAAUUACUCAUGAGACUUUAUAUCACUAUCCAUACUCUGAAGUAAUAUCCACUCGUAAAGUGAAAUCUGAAGAGGGGGCUCUGUAUUUAGACAUGAAAUGUGGAAAUUUGAUGCAACAACGUAUCACAAGACUCCAGACCGAGCAAGCUCAUGAAAUUUCUCGAUUGAUUCGUCAGUAUAUUACUAUGGAACAACGAACAACAACCAAUCAAGCAAGCAGCAUGGCAUAUGGACUUAGAUGAACUCUAUAAUUCAACAGUCCUCAAACGCCUUCUCCAUUUUUUUCCUCUUUUCAAUAAAAUUUAAUUAAAAAAAGAAAAAAA